AUGAGCGAAUACGCACAGUUGAAUCAUAUGAAAGUAAUCGCACCGGUGGAUUCAGUAAAUUCACAAGUCGUGUACAUCCCUCAUCAUCCGGUCAUUCGAGAGACUAGUUCGACAACUCGGUUGAGAGUCGUAUUUGACGCCUCAUGCACAACCUCUAACGGUACCUCGCUCAAUUCUCACAUGUUUACUGGGCCUAAACUACAGUUAGAUCUGCAAUCGGUUUUAUUACGUUGGCGACAGCACAAAUACGUUUACUCCGCAGACAUAGCGAAAAUGUAUAGACAAAUAUUGGUCGACUCGCGAGAUAGAGAUUAUCAACGCAUCCUAUGGAUAGAUGAAAAUUCGAAUAUUCAAGAACAUCAACUCCUUACGGUAACAUACGGUACGGCUUCCGCACCGUUUUUAGCUCUUCGAGUCAUUAAUCAGUUAAACGAUGAUGAAGGAAGCUCGUUUCCACUAGCAUCUGCGGUUUUAAGCGAGAACGUCUAUGUGGACGACGUGCUGUUUGGGGCCGAAGAUAUGCCUCUCCUUAAACAGACUCGAGAUCAAGUUUGCAAAUUGUUGAAACGCGGUGGAUUCGAUCUUCGCAAAUGGGCGAGUAACAAACCGGAGUUGCUCUCAGAUAUUUCAUCGGAUCAUCACGGGCUCGCACAGCUUAAAUUAUUCGAGACUGACAACAAUCUGAAGGUUCUCGGUAUUUUUUGGAAUCCGACGCACGAUUGUUUCCAGUUUCAAAUUGAAUUACCACAGACUCUCCCUUCUACAAAACGAACGAUUCUCUCUACCAUAGCCAGAAUAUUCGAUCCACUUGGAUGGGUCACACCCGUGGUUCUCAAAGCGAAAGUUUUUAUGCAGAAAUUAUGGCGACACAAAGUAGGCUGGGACGACAAUCUCUCAGAAGAUCUCCUUUUACAAUGGAGCGUGAUUUAUAAAUCACUUCCUUACAUCAAAAGCAUAAAACUUAGUCGCUGGAUUGGAUGCGAUUCAGAUACCAAGAGCAUCGAGUUACACGGUUUCGCGGAUGCUUCCCAAGUAGCUUACGCCGCAGUAGUUUUUUUGAGAGUCACAACAUUAUCCGGUCAUACAACUGUUUCGCUCCUCGCUGGGCGAUCCAAAGUCGCGCCUAUCAAACCGCUGACAAUCCCUCGAUUAGAAUUGUCAGCUGCGGUCUUAUUAGCGCGCCUAAUUGAAUUCAUCAGAAAAUCUCUUCAUUUCACGAAAAUGCCAGUCCAUUGUUGGACAGAUUCGAGUAUUGUGCUUGCUUGGUUAAACAAGCACCCAUCUCAUUGGAAAACUUUCGUCUCGCAUCGCGUAACAGAGAUUCAAACACGAGUAUCUGAUGGCAUUUGGCAUCAUGUCAGUACACAUGAAAAUCCCGCUGACUGUGCAUCUCGCGGUUUACUCGGCACAGAAUUAAGCGCCUUCGACAUUUGGUGGCGCGGACCUUCAUGGUUGAGUCUUAAACAGGAUGAUUGGCCCACAUUCACAAUAACGCCGAUAGACGAAACACAGUUAGAAGAAAAACCGUGUCAAGUGCAUCAAGUGAACGCUAAUGAACCGUGGAAUCUCACUACUCGAUAUUCAUGGUGGCCAAAAUUAAUACGUAUUACCGCCUACAUUUACCGUUUCAUAAGGAAGUGUAGAAAGAAACACACAAUAGGAUCGAACAACAAGUCUCAAUAUCACGCUCUUACUACAGUUGAAUUCAACGAAGCACGAAACUUCUGGCUGAACUUCAUUCAGUUAGAACUAUUCGAAAACGAGCUCCAUAAUUUAAAGUCAAACAAACCGUUGCCUACUCACAGUCCAAUUCUCUCAUUAAAUCCGUUCCUGGAUUCUGACGGUCUAAUUCGCGUUGGGGGGCGAUUAGAACACUCGUCAUUAUCUUUCCAGUCCAAGCAUCCAAUCUUAUUAGCCAACCAUACGAUCACUACCAUGAUCAUCCGUUAUACGCAUGUUGUAUCUCUCCAUGCCGGUCUUCAAUCCACUCUUUCAAAACUUAGACAAGAGUUUUGGAUUUUGAGAGCAAGAAGUCUAGUAAAGUCGGUUAUUUAUAAAUGUGUUCCGUGUACAAGAGAAAAGGCUCAAGUAGCUAGUCAGCUGAUGGGCCAGCUACCUACAAGUCGUGUUUCGGCGCCCUCUCGAGCGUUUCUACAUAGCGGUGUCGACUACGCCGGACCAGUCUUUACACGUGCUUCAGCCGGCCGAGGAAUUACCUCGCGAAAGGCCUACAUAGCACUCUUUAUUUGUUUAGCCACACGCGCUAUUCAUCUCGAACUGGUUAGUGAUUACUCGACUGCUGCCUUUCUUAACGCUUUUCAAAGAUUUUGUGCGCGACGUGGAUUACCAGAGGUCAUGUACUCGGACAAUGGUACUACGUUCGCAGGAGCAGACAAGGAGUUGUCGCAAGCGUAUCGAGACGCUCAAAGCGAUGUUAACUUUCUCAACUUUAUCGUGUCAGAUAACAUCACAUGGAGUUUUAUCCCUCCCCAUGCUCCACACUUCGGUGGAUUGUGGGAGGCAGGGGUCAAAAGCGUUAAAUACCACCUUCGUAGGAUAUUAGGAAAUCACACCCUCACUUUCGAGGAACUUACUACCGUGCUUUGUAAAGUUGAAGCAUGCUUAAAUUCAAGGCCCCUGUGCCCAUUGACUGAUUCGAUUGACGAUUUUGAAGUGCUCACUCCGGGUCACUUUUUGAUUGGAUCGGCAAUCACAAUCAAUCCAGAACCUUCUGUUCUGCAAAUCAAUGAAAACAGACUGUCACGGUGGCAGUUGUUGCGACAGAUCACGGAGCGUUUUUGGAAGCAUUGGCACGCCGACUAUAUUAACACGCUUCAACAGCGAACUAAGUGGCGAAAGGCAAAGUCACUUAUCCAUAUCGGUUCCAUGGUUCUGAUUCAAAAUCCUCUUCUUCCUCCUUGCAAAUGGGAACUCGGACGCGUAAUCCACUGUCAACCAGGCUCUGACGGAUUAAUUCGAGUAGUUUCCGUCAAAACAGCGAACUCGGAAUAUAAGCGUCCCAUAACUAAGUUAUGUGUGCUUCCAAUCGACGUUGAUUCUGACGAUUCCAUCGAGGAUCAACCUCGAGUGUCAAGCAAUUAG